AACGCGAUCAUAGUAGGGGAGGUAACUCUGAUCAAAGCUGAUGGAACUCUCCUUUACGGAGGUAAAUUUUACUUCCUGGAAAAGUAUCGCGGACAGUUUGGAGUGACAGUGCCAGCAGAUCAGUUGUCCAAAGCUCACUUCAACGAUGUAACCAACCGAACUAGUGAAGUUUAUGUCCUAUAAAGGGGGAUAAUUCUGUUGACUACUGAGUACGGAUCCUGAUAAUGACAAUGGGGGACAGCAACAAAGCGCUGUAUGCCAAAAUGAUAGUGGAUGUGGUCAUUGGACCCGUGUUGGAGAGGCUGGAGAAGAAAGACAUAUCAGUAGCCCAGACACUGAGAGCUGCGUUUGCUAAGUGUGACAAUGCGCUACCAGGCUUUACAUACGACUAUAUGAGGGGGAUGCUACGGAAGGGAGACAUCCAUGACAGAUUUGACAUGUGUGCCACGCUCCUGUACCUGGGAGGCUCCCAAGAUUCAGAGGAAUUAAAGAUUAACCGCCCAGAGCCAACAUUCCAGGAGCUUAGUAAAUGUGCCACAGCCCUGAAGAAAAUCCUAAGCCGCAUUCCAGAACAGAUUUACAACAGGAAGCAGUUCCUGGAGACCAUUAAGGAAAUAGCAAGUGCUAUAAAACGUCUACUGGAUGCUGUCAACAGAGUGAUAGCAGAGGUCCCUUCCACAGAUAAUGGCAGCAAGCAGAUUUUGGAAGAAAGAAAGAAGGAGUUUGUAAGAUAUUCCAAGAGGUUCAGCAACACGUUAAAAGAUUUCUUCAGGGACAAUAACCAAAAUCAAAGUGUCUUCAUCAGUGCCAACUACCUGAUAUACCAGACCAACGUCAUCCUCAGAUGUGUCAAGAAUGAAUGCUGUUGACCUUGAAACUUAAAUAACAGUGUUAAAUAUAUAGAAAAUGAAAGUUACAGAGAUCAUCGUGUUAAAUAUAUAGAAAAUGAAAGUUACAGAGAUCACCAUGUUAAAUGUUUGGAAAAUGAAAGUUACAGAGAUCACCGUGUUAAAUGUAUGGAAAAAGAAAGUUUCAGACAGCCAGUGUUCCACAGAAUGACUUUUAAUAUCAAAGCUUUAUUACUAUUGUGUUAUAUCAUUCUCAACUACAUUAAGUAAAGAUGUGGGCAAAGCUAGGCUUUUCAAGCACAUUUGAUUGAAACAAGGCUAAUGAAACAAAAUUGUACUGAAGUUUCAGCAGAUGGAAGAUUUAGAAAAGUGCUUUGAAAAUUCCCUACCAUCAUGCUGGCUUUUUUUCAGUUCACCAAGGAAUUCUAUAUCUGUGCAACAACAUGUAUAAACGAACAUUACAGAGAGAAAGACUGAAUAGUUUUGUUACCUUUUACAGGCUUGAGUUUAUGUACAUAUUUAUAUUUUUCACACAGAUCCUCAAUAUAUUGUAGGGGAUAAAGACUGCUGUAGAAGGAAGCGAAAGAAUUUAGUGAAUGAAACUUAAACGCCACUGGUUAAAACUUUUAUAAAUAGAUAACAUAUUGUAACAAAAUCAUUCCACGUACAGUACCUCGUACUUGUCAAAGCUAUCAUAUGUGUAACUUAUAUCAUUUCUAUACUCACGUUGGUGAUGGUACACGUCCUACAGUUACCUCCCCUUCUGUUACUACAGUAGAACCAGUCUCAGAGAUUAUCCUUCUGUUAAGAAUCAGUACCUGUCUUCAGAGACCACCCCAUUUUAUCACACUGGACAGUAGAAAAGUGCUAGUGCUUCAUGUGUCAUAUAUGGGAACCUUUGGCAUAGUUAUGGGGUUAUUGAAGAAAGGAGGUUCAUUUUGAAUUCUUUGCUUCAAAUGGAUAUUGGGAUGGUGUAAAUGAAAACCCUGUGUAGAACCUGGCCGGAGACAGCAUCCCUUGUUACUACUUUAGAACCUGUCCUGAGAGACCACACUAAAUAACCUGUCCUUAUUAGAGAUCAUGCAUAUCUCACAAUGCUAAUGUUAUAGAACAUUUUUUUAAGAUAUCAUAUCCUGCCAUGGUCAUGAUCUUAUGAACACCUGACAAAUUACUUUUGCUUAUUUUCAUAGAACAAUAUGUACUUGAUAUGUCAACUUGUUAUUGUGUACAAAAGAAGAGAUCUAUUAAUGGUAAUGAUAAUAAUGACUACAUGAAACAUUAGUGACACUUGUUCAUUAUAUAUUCUGGUGUGAAUUGUCUCCUGUCAAACUUUGCUCUACAUAGUUUUGCCUUGUGUCAAGUUUUUACUCUGAAGAGAAGAAAUGAAAAUUUGUGAAAAAAAGUACAGUAUUUGAAUUUAAUAUUUAAAGUUUUCAAUGAAUUACAAUGCAUCAAAAAUCUAUUUGGAGGAUUUCAUAAUGAAUAUACCUGGUAAUAAAGUUAUUUAUCAUGUAGCGGCCUAUGGAAUUCAAAUACACAAAGUGAAAUAUAAUUAUGUAAAUUGUGAAUAUUUAAUAUACAGGUGAGGAAGUGUUGUAGUUUUAUAAAUAUCCUAAUUUGUGAUAAUUUGACAUUUUACAGGUGUCUGGAUCACAAUAAUCUUCAUUUUGUGACUUAAAAAUAUAAAUGUCCCUUGGGCUCAUCACCAAGCAAGAAGAUGUCUUGAUUUGUCCAAAAAGCUGCUAGCUAAAUACUGUAAUAAGUUGGGAUAUUUAUUUUUCAUUUUGAAAUGAGAAAAAAGCCAUACAGGUGUAUUUGUAAAUAAAUCUGCCAAGAAAGUACUGUUGAAUAUGAAUCAUUGAAUCAAAACGGUUGCCUCUAUGGUUCCAAAUGGAACCACACAUACCAGUACAAUAUAUCAGUGUGAAGCUUAUAUAUAAUAACUUAUCUCAAGUUCCAAAAGACAUUUAGCAUACAAUUGGCAUCAACAAAAUGGUUUUGAAUGUAAAACGCCGAUAAAUAAGUGAUGUUAUUUUGUAAUUCCAGGCUCUGUAGGACUAUGUUGUGAGCCUGUGUAAGAUUUGGUUUGAUAAUGAUACACAUGUUGUACCACACAGUGAAUGUGUCCUACUAUGCAUGUUAUAUAUACUGUACCCAGAUAUUUUACUGGUUUUUGUUUUUAUUGGGUACUUUUUGAAAAGUGAGCAAUCUUUCUCUCUUCUCUGUUUAUAGAGACAGUCACAUCAUCUUAAUUCCCCUGCAAAACAUUUAAAACUUUAUCAAAACCUUGUUAUAUUGCCACCAGUUGCCGAAGAAAUAUUUGACAUUUUAACGGGGUAAUAUAUUGAAGUAGACGGAGAACUGUUAAAGGAGAACCCUUAUGAUGUCAGUAAAUUAAAUGAGAUAAUACU